AUGCUCGCGGCGCUAGUUCUGCUCGGCGUGGUGGGGGCGUGUGCUGGGCUCGGUUUCCUCUCCCAGGAACAUGUAGAAUGUCUGAGGGCGCAGGCUUUCGAGGCGAAGCGGUGGGUCUUGCAAAAAUUGGACGUGCUCGGCCAGCCACCCGACGGAGACUCGGACUGCGACGGGGAUAUAGAGGCCGGGUUUGGGGAGGUGCGGGAAGCUUUAGUAGACAACGGGAAGCGGGCUGCGUCGGUGCAACAAUCCAAGCCGGUGCGACCGAUCCGACGAAGCGUACAUCGCGGUCAAGCCGGCGGGACGUCGAAUUGCGUGUCUAGCGGCCCUUCGUCGGAGUAUGAAGGCUUGUUCGACUGCGCGACGGACCAGCAGGAGCAGCUGCCGCAGCUGCCGAGACCCAAGCUUGCCACGGCGAUGAGCUCGGGAUCAAGACCGGGGGAGGGCAAGGUCCCGCCGCUGAUUCCUCACCACGCGCAGAGGAGAGGGAUGAGCUUCGACGCCAACGCCUCCGGGAGCAGGGAACACCACCACAACGACACCGGCAGCGCCCGGGGCAGCUUCGCGCUCCCGCGCACCCCCGCCGCCGUCUUGCCGGAGGCUUCCGCUGACGCUGCCGCAGCCGCAGCCGCAGCCGCAGCCGCGGCGGCGGCAGCGCUCGGCGGCGAGGCCACCGUGACGGCCGGCGUCGUGGCCGCGUUUACGCCGGGGCCGCCGCUGCCGCCGCCGCCGCCGCCGGUGGCGGGGCAAGGCAGCUACGGAGGUGGAAGUGGUGGGCGAGGUGGCAACGAGCAGCGCAUACCCGAGUACGUGCCUCCGCAGAAGCAGGGCUCGCUCUCGAAGGCCACCCACCGGAGGUCUUCCAGCAGGGGCUCCGCCGUAGGGGGGUGCGGAGGAGAAGGGGGGGGAGGGUCCGGCGGCGCGGCGGUGACCCGGUCGGGGAGCGUCGGCCGGUCCGCCAGCCCCCCGGACUCGUCGCCGUUCUUUUCGGUUCGGACGCCGCCGAAGGUCACUGCCACCGGUGCCAGGCCUGCUUGCCGGCGGCGCCGGCGCUCGGUGUGGCGGGGGCAUGACUACGGCAACGACGGCCUGGCGGCGCAGCCGCAGCCGCCCCCGCCGCCGCCACCCCCAUCAUCCUGGAACGAAGACCAGCUGGAGGGCGUCGUGAUCUUCGGCGGUGGCGGAGGGGGGGGUGCGGAAGCGGGCUUCUUCGAGGCGGAGCCCCUCCCGCCGCCUCCACCCCCUGCGGUAGUAGAGAAUGGCCUUCUUGCGGGAGGGUACGGGCGGCCCCCUGGUGCGGCCGGAGGGGCGCUGUUGUUGUCGCCGAAGCGCCGGGGGUCGGGGAUGCCGAUUUCUCCGGUACCGUUCGCGUCGGACAAGCGAAGCACCGCGGCCCCCACGACUCCGAAGCAAGGCUCGUCGCGGCGCCGGCGCCGGCAGCAGCAGCAGCAACGGGACGGGGAUGAGGAGCCGCCCUCCGGGCGAGGUUCCUCGUUCUUCGCGGGCCCUUCCCCCGACGGCCUAGACAACUCCUUCUCCCACAUCGACUACGUGGCCGGCUUCGUCGCCGACGGCAUUGCCGCGGCGGCGGUGGGCGGGGGGAGCGGCAGGAAGGAGGCCGCCGCCGCCGCCGCCGCCGCCGCCUUCGAGAGGCAGCGGGACGAGCGCGCGGCUAUCUCGGUCCUCCCCGCUUCCCCCGCGUGGUCUGCGGAUGACGACGUCAACCGCGGUACCGGGGUCAGGCGCAGGGUGUCCCCCCGGGCCUCCGCUGCCGCUGCCGCUGCCGCUGCCGGCGGCGCCGGUGCCGGUGCCGGUGGUGGUGGUCGCUCUCCCCGCUGGGGCGCCGGCUGGGAGCCGAUCCCGUCGCCGAAAAGACGGGGUUCUCCGUCGGGCGGCGACGCCGGCAACGAUCAGCUCCGCCCGCUAGCCCUCGCCUUCUCCGACGAGAUGACGGGAGCGGCUCCCGCCGCAGCUCCAAACCGGAGGGCCGCCGUCAAAGAGCUCAGGAUCGAUGUCGGGAUUGUCAGGCAGGGGAGCGCCUUCGCUAACGGUGGCGGCGACGGCGGUGCGCUCGCCGCGAGGGCUUCCUCCAGGGCAAAGACUCCGUUGGCCGGAGCCAACAAGAAGCCGUCUUCGACCGAAGAGGACACGGAGAGCCAGGUGGGGCUGAGGUGCAGCGCGCCCAUCUACGACAGGGGCCGGAACCUGCUCGGCAACAAGGAGCCGGGGGGGGGGGGGGAGUCGGCGCGGGCGGCGGCGGCGGCGGCGCAAGCCCCCACCGAGAAGCGGGGGGGGUUGGCAGGGCGCCGUGCCAAUGCAGACGGUGAAGGGGUAGGUGUCGCUGCCGGCGAUCUGUGCUCGAUAAAGGAUGCCGGCGAAAACGACGAGAGCCUGGCAGCCGAGAGCGUCGCCCCUGGAUCGCUAGUCUUGGAGGAUAGCGUUACCGCCAACGCGAAGCCCGCUGAGGUCCCACAGGCAUCGUCAGCGCAUGGGGAACACGUCCGCCCCGGGCGCGACUUGAACUCCUCGCAAGCCUUCGCGGCUAGCCUGGACCUGCCAUUCGACCAGCUCGAGCUGGGCGAGCUGAUCGGAGGCGGCGGGUUCGGACAGGUGUACCAAGGCGUGUGGAGGGGCACCCCGGUGGCCAUCAAGGUACUCCUGCCCGCGGCUCAAAGGGACCUGGACGAGGAGCUCGCGGCUGACUUUAGGGCGGAGGUUCUGAUGCUGGCGGCGCUGAGACAUCCCAACGUCUGCCUCUUCAUGGGGGCCUGCAUGGUGCCCCCGAACCGGGCGAUCGUGACGGAGCUCUUGACCAGGGGUUCGUUGUGGGAGGCCCUGCGGGCGGACAGGGUCCCGGAGGAAUCGAUAGCGUGCUCUUUCCGAAGAGGCAGCGACAGAUCGGGCACCGCCGGAACAUCCUCGCGGGUCCUGACCCCCCAGGAGUGCUGGCCGUGGUCUGUCAUCAUGAAGGUGGCGGAGGGUUUAGCUUGCGGGAUGUGGUACCUGCACCAGCACGAGCCAUUCCCCAUCCUCCAUAGGGACCUCAAGAGCGCAAACUUGCUCCUGGACUCCUCGUUCAACCCCAAGAUCUGCGAUUUCGGGCUGGCCAGGUUGAAAGCUUUCACCAACUCGGCGGCGAUGACGGGAAACUGCGGAACAGUACAGUGGAUGGCGCCGGAAGUCUUGGCGAGCGAGAAGUACGCGGAGCCGGCAGAUGUGUACAGCUUCGGCAUCGUGUGCUGGGAGCUGCUGUCGCGAGCCUGUCCCUACGAUGGGAUGAGCCAGAUUCAGAGGGCCUGUGGGCUGGUACACGAUACAGGGUGA